CGCACUGCACAAUAUGGCAUCACGUAACAUGUCUCUUUCCCUGAAUUGGAAGGCCUUAAGCUCAAGAAUUGGGCAUAAGAAGCCACAGGAAAUCAAAAGCAAGAAGCUCGCGAAGGGACACAAAUACCAGGCCAAAGAUGUAUCAAAACUUAGAAAAGCUCAAGAGAUUAUCCGUACCGCGUCUACGAAGCUUCUUACUCCAUUAGAGUUUGCACUUUGGGCUCGCACAUCUUCUUCGACUUUCAGUGUUGCAUCCAGUGAUGCUAAGAUAGCGGUAGAUUAUUCAGAUAAGAAAAAAUCUGCUCCAGGUAAGUUUCUAGCUAUCGACUGUGAGUUUGUUGGCGUAGGCCCGAAUGAUCAGUCUGCUCUUGCCCGAGUGUCUCUUGUCAACUACUACGGCGUGGUUUUACUAGAUACAUACGUAAAGCCCGAACAACGUGUGACCAACUGGAGAACGUGGGUUUCUGGAGUUACGCCACAGCACAUGCGAAAUGCAGUUUCAUAUAAAGAGGCUCGGGAGAGAGUCAAGAAUAUCAUUGACGGCAGGGUUCUUGUUGGCCACGCAGUACAUAAUGACCUCGAGUGUCUAGGCAUUUCAGUACCAAAACAUCUCAUAAGGGAUACGUCCAGAUUUCCAGAGUUUAAGAAGCAAAAUGGCGGGAAAAUGCCAAGUCUCAAGAAGCUUUGUCGAGUAUAUUUGAACCUCGAAAUUCAGAAUGGUCUGCACUCGUCAGUGGAAGAUGCCCAGGCUACGAUGGCAAUUUUCCGGCUUCACCAAAAGGCAAUGGAAAGUCAUUUUACGAGUUGAAUAAUCAAAGCACCUCAAUCAUAUUGGAUAGAAUUACUUGUAGAGAGUAUAUAGAAGGAAGAACAACAUACCCAACCGCGAAAUCAAAAUCAGAAAGAAGAUCAGUCAACAUCAAACCUCAAUUCACUCAGAACUUCUCUAAUUUCAGCCCAUCAGUGACGCUGCAUAAAUUACGGUAGAACAUUUGUCUGACAAUUGUCAUGCGCUGCACAGACUCAGUUGCACCAUUAAGCAGCUCAAAU